CUAAAUUGACGUUCAUCGGUAUGUGCCUUUGCGAUGAAAGCUUCCGGAUCCCGAUUGUUUUCACAAGCAUCGAUCAUUCAUCGGCAAUGAACGACAAGUGAAACGUCCAAACAGUUUUAUUAAACUAUCUCAGUAUUUAUUCUUUAAUUAAAUAACUCGACACAGAUGAUGUUUACGCGGGAAUUCCACAAGGAAUAGAAUAUUAGGUUUCAUCAAAAGUGAUGCGUCUAUACAAACAUAGCAUUUCACUGUUUAUUAUUCACAAAUCAUUGCCAAAGUGAUACAUCACUUUUAAGGAACCGUCUAAUUAAAUAAAACUAGUUUUUACGGGUUAAUGCACGAAACUUUAUUUAUUUAUUGACGUUUCGCAGCCUUUUCAGGUCUGCAUCGACUUGAAAGAGUCUUUCGAAGGUAGCUCGACAAUUUUAAAUAAAAAAUCAUUAUUCUGACGAUGCAGACCUGAAAAGGCUGCGAAACGUCAAUAAAUAAAUAAAGUUUCGUGCAUUAACCCGUAAAAACUAGUUUUAUUUAAUGAGUGAUGUGCGUGAAAACCUAAGAAACAAAUAGAACCGUCUAAUUCCGGCUUUACACCUGCCAUCUGGCGGCCAUAAUGUAACACAAAGAGGCAGAAGCAAGCAGCUGGAGUAAAAGAAACUUAAAUUGUUGAUAGAUGGCUCCCUUUAUGAAACGAACAAAGGCAGGCAACUAUUACAAACGAAGAACAACAUUUUUAGUUUAGGGAUUUUCAUUAACAUUAAGAGGAAAUUUAAAAAGAAUUUGCACUUAUUGUAGUUAUAUUCAGCCUUUAUAAAUCAGGGUGUAAACACUGAAAAUAUCGAUUUUUUUUACCACUCCAUGCGCAUGUCAGCAUUUACCUUACCAAAACGUAAAACUUCAGAAAGGCUGUGAAUAAAUACUUCUCGCGUAGUGUUCUUAUUAUAUUAUCUAAUACUUAAGUAUUAUUUUUGUAAGAAUUUCAAUCUUCAAUUUCUUAUGUGUAUUACUUUACUAAUUUCGAGAUGGGUAAUAGUCAGGCUAACGAAAAGCAACCUAAAACAGGUAAAUCACCUGCGAAGGGUAAACAUUUCAUUAGGAACUUAAACAGAAAAUCACCGGGACGGGAGAGUAAAAAACACGGAAGAAAAAAGAGUGACCUAAAAAAAGACGUUAUUGAUAAGGAUUUCGAUAAAACGCCAGAUUCUGAUAAUGUUGAAGCGAUCGAAGCAUCCGAUAACGAUACGGUCGAGUGCACGUUCACGUCGCCGUCGCCGAGAGGGGAAGCGGAGUCGGAGAGCGCGCGCUCCGACAUAACGGUGAGCAGGUGCGAACGGUCACCGACCCGUGGCCAGCCGGUCCUCGCUGCUUCGCCGGCGAACGACUCUACCUCCGAGUCAGUGUUUACGGACCCACUCACGCCGCUCGCCGCCGUCGAGCUCAACCAGUGCUACUAUUCCGCGGAAAGUGACAGCGCGCGCGACGAGCUCCCGCGCACCCUCACGCCUUCGCACUCGGAUGCACAGCCCUGCCUCGCAUCGCCGGACAUGCCCCACGACGACGCAGCCUCCAUGCUGUCAAAUCACAUGGACAAUGAACAAAAACUUGAUGACGUUUUUGAUGACAGUGACAGGGGUGAUGAUAAAAUUAUGGGCGCUUAUAUGACCGGGUUACGUUCCCAGCAAAUUGAGCGCGAUACGCACGAGUGCAGCCAUGACUUUCGCGAAAACCGGCUGAAGUCCAGCCCAGGUCAAACGUCGUUCACUCUUUCUAAACAUCGCAAGGUGGAGCUGACGCCGGUUGCAUGUGAACCAUCCCUCAGUAUUCUCGACAGCAGCGAUAAAGAUCGGCGGCACUCGGUUGUGACAGGCGAAGUGCCCAUGGGCGAGUCCAAUGUACUGCGAAAGGUUGCGUCUCUCACGCUCGAUAAGCACGCCGAAUCCAAAGUGGUGCGACCACGCUUCGUGCCCGAGAAACUGGACUUCCAGAUCUACGAGAAAUUUGAAGGGCAGAUGCUUCUCAACUGGUUUCUAUCAUCGUUAUCUGAUAAUAGUCACUGGAAGAAUAAACUGAAUCUAUCCGAUUUGAAAAACCUUGGAAUACAAUAUUGCACUCAUCUGCUGGCAGCUGGUGUUUUACGGCAGAUAGCUGAUAAAGAUGCACCUUCAGAAAAUAUAUUCAAACCUAAUCUGAUGUACUACUGGGCCCACAUGGAGGCACCUGCAUCACAACCAGUAACUCCGGGUCGAUUACACAUGACGGCAUGGCCCCCUGACAAAGAUUAUAUUAAUCAAAUCUCUCAAGAACAUAUUACAAAACAUUAUACCUUCGAUAGUAACAAAGGCAACCAAAACAAUAAUGAAGAAAUUACUGAUAUUAAUGAGGCCAAACUUGCCAUAUCCCAAUUAAAAAGAAAACUUCAAGAUUUAGAAUACCAAUUAGAAAAAUACAAACUUAAUGCUCAAAUAGAUGCACUAAAUAGAAAUCUGGAGAAGAGUUUUGACUUGCCUGAACAAUUUUUAGAAAAUAAAAAUAAAAUGGGGUUUCUGAAUAAAGAAGUCCAAAGUUCAAGUUUUAACUCUGAAAGUAAUAACUUAUCAUAUAAGCCUGUGAUAAAUAAACCUGACUCUCAUUUAAAUACUAAUGUAAAUAUUGAAAAUAUCUUAGCUGUAAGUAUUGUAAAUGAUUUAGAAAGUAAACCUGAAAAUAGAUCUGAAAAAGUUGAGAAUUAUUGUAAGUUAAAUAAAUGUAGAGAUUCAUUGCAUGCAACAAAAGAUAAUAUUCUAAAAGUUAAUGAAAUUAUUACACAAGACACAAGUGCUUCUGACAACACUGAAGAAUUUCCUACAAAUUCAAACCAUACAAACAUCUGUGCACCAAGUGACAGUUCUUCUGAAGGAUCCUUUCUCAGCACAUUAACAUCAACUGAACUAAUAAGCAGCCUCAGGAAUGAGUCAAAUAAAACAAAUGAUGAAAUCAUAAAUGAAACAAAAAGCUCUUUGGCACCAAUAACUCAAGUAUUAUAUUCGACUGAGAAAAAAAACUUGUCAGAACCUAGUCAACCUCCAUUUGGCUUAUCGGAUGUAGCAUCGCCAUAUGAAAGUACAAAUUUAUUGAAAAGUACCGAAAAAAAUAUGUCUAGUUUAACAUUCCCACCUACAGAACUUUCCCCUAAAGAGGCCAUGGCGUUAUCUCCUACAAUUAUACCACCUAGUCAACUUUCUCCCUCUCCGCCACCGCCAUCGCCAGGCAUGGCACCUCCCCCGCCUCCUAUGCCAGGAACAGACGAUAUAUCUGAACUAACUGUAAAGCAAGAGGAAACUCUUGUUUUUACUGCACCCUCUACCACCAUUUCGGUGGCUCCUCCACCUCCAUUACCAGAUAUUGUACCUUUUCUUGCGCCUGUGCCUACUACACCUUCUCCUCCGACAGAAGAAAUAAUCACACAGGCAACAUCACCUGUGUCGAAAACAGGUAUUCCCCCGCUACCCAUGUCUGAAGUAUGUCCUCUUCCACCUCCUGUGCCUGAAUUUGAUCCUUCCCCACCGCCUAUGCCUGGAAUGGGUCCACCACCACCUCCGAUGCCUGAAAUGGAUCCUUCCCCGCCUUCGAUGCCGGGAAUGGGUCCUCCUCCACCUCCGAUGCCUGAUAUGGGUCCUUCCCCACUGUCGAUUCCUGGAAUUGGUCCUCCACCUCCUCCAAUGCCCGGAAUGGGUCCUCCUCCACCUGCAAUGCCCGGAAUGGGUCCUCCUCCACCUGCAAUGCCCGGAAUGGGUCCUCCUCCACCUCCAAUGCCCGGAAUGGGUCCUCCUCCACCUCCGAUGCCUGGAAUGGGUCCGUCUCCACCGCCUAUGCCUGGAAUGGGUCCUCCUCCACCGCCUAUGCCUGGAAUGGGUCCUCCCCCACCUCCAAUGGCUGGAAUGGGCCCUCCCCCACCUCCUUUACCUGGAAUGGGUCCACCCCCACCUCCUAUACCAGGAUCCGAGCCUCCAUCUUCCCCCAGCAUAUCAAAUUCUGUCCCACCCCCACCAAUGAACUCAGGACCCGUUCCAUUUCCUGCACCUCCGAUCGGAGGUUGGGGAAUGCAGCGAGCUACCUUAAGGAAGACUCCAGUAAAACCAGCUGCACCAAUGAAACCACUUUAUUGGACGAGGAUAUUAGCAACUUCUGCUCCACAGACUUACCAAGUAGAAACAGAUACCAACAUGCUAAAGCCACUUUGGCUAGAAAUUGACGAAGCAAAAUUAGAUAAUAUCGAAGAGUUUACUGAUCUGUUUUCACGACAAGUUGUUAAAGCCCCAGUGAAGAAAAAAGUGGAAGUGAAGACAAAAAUACAACCAGUGAAAAUAUUAGAUAGCAAAAGAUCACAAAACGUUGGAAUAUUAGCUCAGAGUUUACAUGUAGAAUUUUCUGAAAUUGAAAAUGCUAUUUACAAUUUCGAUACGUCUGUCGUUAGUCUAGAAGCAUUACAACAAAUUUACGAAUUGCGUGCCACAGAGGAAGAACAGAUGUUGAUCAAAGAACAUUUGAAAACUAAACCUGAUAUACCCUUAGACAAGCCAGAAGCAUUCUUACAUGAUUUAUCAGGAAUACCUAAUUUCGCAGAGCGGAUUACUUGUUUUAUGUUUCAAGCAGAGUUCGAGGAUGCUAUCAGCACAACCAUGCAUAAACUGGACAAUUUAAAACACACUUGCGAGUUUCUUAUGACCAAUGAAAGUCUAAAAAAACUUUUUGCCAUCAUUUUAACUCUUGGUAACUAUAUGAACGGUGGAAAUGGACAAAGAGGGCAAGCGGAUGGAUUCGGUCUGGAAAUACUCUCCAAGCUGAAGGAUGUCAAGUCGAAGCAAUCUAACGUGACGUUGCUGCACUUCAUCGUGCGCACUUACAUGCGGUCGUGUGGAGGCGCGUUGUCUGAGGAAUGUGCGUUGCCAGUCCCGGAGCCUGGUGAUGUGGUGCGAGCGGCGGCGAUAGACUUCGCCGAUGUAGCGGCCAGCCUGAAUACACUGGCCAAUCAGCUGAAAGCCUGUAAGGAUAAAACUCAAAAGGUGUUGGAUGCGGACGCCCAUUCUCUGAGUCUCAUUGAAGAAUCUGCAUCCAGCGAAAACACAAAAAGACUCGAUGUGUUCAAAGAUAAAAUGUCAACAUUCCUAAACGCAGCUGAAGAAAAACUUAAGACUGAAAAUGAAAACUUAGAAGAUUGUCGCAAUAAGUUUAUAGCGACAAUUAAGUUUUAUCAAUAUACUCCGAAAUGUGGCAAAAUGGAAGACUGCGAGCCUAAAGAAUUUUUUUCCUUAUGGACAACGUUUUGUAGCGAUUUCAAAGAUAUAUAUAAAAAAGAGGAACAAACAGCAAUCAAAGAUAAGUUAAAAGAAGCUAAGAAAAUCCAAGACGAAAGAAAAUCCCUCACACAGCCUAAGAAAGAAGGAGGCCUAAAAGCUCGGCUGCAGAAGUUAUCGAAUUCUAGAAAAUAGAUAGAUGUCCAUAAUACGUCGCUGUCGUUUUGUAUAGCACAACUCGUAUACAUUUUUGUCAAGUUAAUUAUUUUGUAUAACCUACAACAUUAUAAUGGCGGUCUGAAAAAAAUAUUCUAUGCGAAGGUUGUUCCAGCAUCUUUUCGGCAGUUGCAACUGUUCUCUGGAUAUUGUUAAAUAUUUCCUUUCGCAUUUAGGUAUAUAAGCAUAAGCAUUGGGCCCAAUUUUAUUCCGCACUUGAAAUACAGAACGAAACUAGGGUACAAUAUUACUCGUCUCUUCUCUUGAAAUAAAAACACAUAAUUACGUGUCUAUGUUAUACUUAUAUCAUGUACUUAAAGAAGCAUUGUCUAUAAGUACAUGAUAUAAGUAUGCAACGAUAUUAAAUUCGCUAGAUGCACCACCAGCGUUCAAAAUGUGUCCCGAAUAUGUAGUGCUUAAAUAUAAACACAGCUUAAGCACUACUUCGUUCAACGUGAACCGUUGAAAAAUCAAUAACUAUGCCAAAGAGCUUUAUGCAAAAAUGCGUAAACAAUGAUUUUCCCGACAGUUACCUAUGUUUUUUAAUUUAACGCAUUUGUAGGUUUCAUUCUUUAAUUUACGUACUAUAAAAUGCAGGGCCGUUUGCGCAGUCGUGUCUUUCCCUCGCGCUACAUGUAUGCAAUAUUACAUAACCUUCUGUUAUCAUUUAUCAGUGCAUUCAGUUCGAAAUAGGAUCUACAUAGAUUGUUAAUCUUAUCGCCUAUCGCUAUUAAAAUCGCGAAAAAUUGUAAAAAAAAAACAUUUUUGCAUUUCGAAAUGUUACAACUUUAAAACGUCCGCGUGCGCGUGAUAAUAAAUACCUUAUAUGCAAUGCACAACGAUAUUAAAUACCCUAGAUACACCAACACAAACCAAAUCGUGCCCGAAACUUGUCCAAAAGGUACAUUGAACGAUCCACGGAGCUCCGUAAGAUGAUCGCGUUGUCAAAAACAAUAUAAGGCAUUAUUUAAACAUUGAAAGUCACCUUGACGACCUCUGUGGCCGCGUGGUUUGUACGCCGGGUUUCAUGGUGUAGCCGACUCGAGAGGUCUCGGGUUCGAAUCCCGGUGGGGGCAGAGGGGGCAGCAUUUGUACUCCAGUCAUGGAUCGUUAAUAAGUAUUUGUAAAUAAAUAUACUUAUAUACAUGUACAGUUAUGUAUUCUAUCCGUUACCCUAGCAUCCCAUAACACAAGCCUUAUAGAGUGCUUACUUUGGGGCUAGACUAAUUGGUGUGAGUGUUGAAAUAUUUAUUUAUUUAUUUACCUUUAAUGCAUACUGUAUAAGGUCUAAAUUAAAAUGCAUGCGUCAAAGAGUUAUGACAGUUCUAAAUACAAGCUCGCAAAGUUUUUCGACUUAUUGCUAUAUGCGGAAGAAUAUAGACCUUAUUUCUUUGACUCUACGCGCAUUUCUGAAUGUUCUGUUAGCAAUAUAGCAGGUACGGACCGCGAGGAAAAGAGACGGCUAUAUUACCGACCAUGCAUUUGAAUAACACAAACAUUUUCUAUUAAAUCACUAUAUAGUAAGUAUUCGAACCAAAUUUGCUUCAAAUGCGUUAAAAUACAGGCAUAAGUAGGUAUCAUCUAACUUUAUUAUGGAAAAUAUAAGACUACAAUAAUAACGUUAAGAGGUAGAUAGAAAAUUUGCAGGUUCUUUUUGACUGACAUAAAUAUAAUGAAAGAAACCGAAAAGCUUUUUUGUACUAAUACAUAAACAUUAUUUAAUGUACAGUAUCCUUGGACCACGAAAAUACACGUGAUAUAUUACUACACCCCCCCCCCCCCCCUCCCCCGUUAUGAUAUUUCGAGAUUUUUAUGGACCCCUCCCCCCCCCCCUCGAGCCACACGUGAUUAAUGGACAACCCCCUACCGGUGAACAAAUAUGUCAUAAUAAUGUCAAAAUGCUAUGGAUAAAUUGUAGUUCAAAUUUUUGCCACACAGACAGAAUAUUUUGUGGUAGUGGAUUGCGUUCAAAACCUGCGCUCUCAGUGCAAUUUUUAUGUCAUAAUUUUGCCAGCAUUCAAUAUUUUCAAUUACCAUACCGAAAAGUAAAUAAAUGGUUUCGAUUACAUUUUCAAGUCAUGUCAUGUCAUUCAUGGAAUCAAAGAGACACACCCACACGAAACACGCAUCUGUCGUAAUUGAUAUCGCAUAGUAUCCUGUGCUACUACGAUACUGACAUUCACUUGGCAUCGAUGCGCGCAUCCGAUGCGAUUUAUUUGAUACCGAUGCGCAUCGAUUUCACAAAUAUCUAAAAACGCCCAUCUACUGUGAACGAAGAAGUGCUUGAGUGUAGUUCAAGCACUUUUUGAGUGGGACACAUUUUAAGCGCACGUGGUGUAUCUAGGGUAUUUAAUAUCGUUGGCUAUACAUUAUGGUGACUGAUUAUUUAAAUAUUGCCCUAUAUUGUUUCAGCGUGCUCGUGUAGCCUACACAAUCGAAACAUUAGAUUCAAUGUACCUUGAGGUUUAGGCCAGUCGGUCACGAUUUUCUUCGUGAUGUUGAAUUAAGGGGUUUAUAAUAUCUUUGUAUAUAAUAUUUUAUUUUUAACGAAGAAGUUGUCAGUAUGGCAAUUUCGGGAAUAGUUCUAUCUAAUUUCAUCCUACUGAAGAGACAAUAAGUGUGUACUGUUUUUGUUUUGGCUGUUUAAAAAAUGGACCCCAAUAUAUGUUAAUAAUAUUGAGUAUUUAUAUGCAUAUUUUAUUAAUGUUGCUGUCGUGUUUUUGGCAUUCAAAAAUAAUAUACAUUAUCAAGCGAAUAUUAUUUCAAUUAAUUAACCGAAUGUACUGUUGUACUUUAAGCUAUUGUUAUUUGUGAUGUAUCAUAAUCAUGGUGAACUCUAAACUAAACUUUAUCAGAAAGGUUUUAAAAUAGAAAAAAUAAGGGUAUAUGUCCAUAUGUUGGGUGUAGGUAUAAAUACCGUUUGUUUGUUUUGUCUACAUAAUUUACAUCUUAUCGUGACGGUGACUAUGAAAAUAAUAUUCCCUAUUCUCGCAAGUCUGGUCCUUUGAAAUGCAUUGUUCAUUUUAGAUACAAUUUGUAUCCUGUUAUGUGCAUUUCGAUUAUCUUCAGAAACAUUGUUUCCGAAUCUUGGCUAUACUCAAGAUGUAUAUUAAAUAUUUAUUUAUUCACAGAAUGUAUAUUUUUAAUUGUUCAGCUCUCAUUUAUAAAUAUAAUAAUUAAUAAUUGACAGAAAAUCAUUCAGCAUAGCGUGCGCUGCGUAGCAAAGUAUCCGGGACUUUGUGUUUCUAUCUAGCUGCGGGCCACUCGAGCUAGACUUAAAAUAGUAGUGGUGAAAAGGUUUGUCUGUCCGUUCGAUAGUUAGCGUCUUGUGGUAAUGCUUUGUUUGUUCAAUGUACUUCAUGAAAUUAUUAACAAGGUUCAAAGUACCUCAACCGUUUUGAUAGAAAUUAAAAUAUUGAAAAGCUGCGAUCUAUUUAUUCUAUAUUGUAUUAUGCCUAUCCUACAGUUGCGCGACGAAGACUUGGCUACUUGUUGCGCUAAAAACAUUCGAAUAGAAAAGCUGCGAAAAAAAUGAUAAUCCAUUAAUAAUUGUUAGGUACAUUAGUAAUCCAUAAUAAAUAGUGUGCUUUUCUGCUCGUAACAUUCAAAAUACAAAGGGCCCUGCUGGAAAGACAAAACUUACUUGUUUAAUUUCUUCUGUUCUAUUAACUAUUAAAGAUCCGUUCGAGUUAAAACGUGAAUCGAGAGAUGCAUUGGGACGAGCUACGAUUAGUGUUAUUUUUAAGUACUUCAAGCGUAAUACAGCCGAGGUCUCCGCUGUAUGGAUAAGGCGAUUAUCGUAAUUUUUAUCAAAAAGGUUGAGGUACAUUGAACAACUAAAGCCUUAUCACAACUAUUUUAAAUCUAGCUCGAGAUAGGUUAACUGAGUCCUCGCAUGUGGGGUAAAGGGUUUCGGGGUGGACGAGAACGAGGGCCGUGAGAGAUGCGGGUGGCGGGCACUUUUAAUUUUGACAAGAAUGUGCCUGCCGCCCGCACCUCUCGCGGUCCCCGUUCUCGUUAUCGUCCUCGCCCAUGCCCUUUUACCCCGCAGGCGAGGACUCAGUUAAGCGGUCGAUCUAUAAAAACAUGGAUAUUUUUGAUAUGUGUAAGUUUACUUGAUCACCUACUAUGAAACCAAAUGUUAUGGUCAUAUUGAAUUACGUUAAGCACCUAUAAUGUUAGCUCAACACAAAUAACACUGGCUUACGUUUUAUAAGCUCGAUAAUAAAACAUCUUUAAGAUGCCGAA